AUGUCCAACACUGUAAUCCUCGGCUCCGGUAUAAUCGGUCUCUCAACCGCAUACUAUCUCUCUCUCUCCCAAGACCCCUCCACCAUUCAACUUGUAGACCCAUCUCCCACACUCUUCUCAUCCGCUUCAGGCUAUGCAGCUGGUUUUCUGUCUCGCGAUUGGUUUUGUGAUGAAUCGUCUAGCUUGGGGCUCUUGAGCUUCGACGAACAUAAAAAACUUGCCGAGAGAAAUGCUGGUGCUGAGAAAUGGGGAUAUAGUGUGAGUAGAAGCAUGAAUUAUGUGAGUCACAUUGCUGCGGAGAACGCGAGAAAGAGCGGCAAGAAGGGAAGUGGCGGGAGUAGAGCUAAGACUGCUAGUGGCAAUGAUGAGGUGGGUGUGAAGGAUGCGACAGGUUUUACAGGAGAGUGGCCUAAGUGGUUCAAAAAGAAUGAGGGUGAUGAAAUGGAACCUCUUAGUAAAGACGGGAGUACAGCUCAAGUUGACCCCCUCAAGUUGUGUCAGUUCCUCCUUGCUAGCUGUCUUGAGCGCGGUGUACAACUUCAUCACCCUGCGAAGGCAUUGUCCGUUCACCAAGAUAUGAGAUCCGAAAUAUCUAGUAUACGUAUCUUGAACACCUCCACAAACAUUGAAUCAGACAUUCCGUGUACGAAAAUUCUGAUAGCAGCAGGAUGCUGGUCACCUGAGGUAUUCUCUACCUUAUUCCCAGAAUCAACGUUGAAAUUACCGAUCACUAGUUUAGCUGGUCAUUCUUUAGUGGUGAGAACACCGAAUUGGAACGAGGAGCUAGAAGAGAAAGAAUGUCAAGCUAUAUUUGCUAGUGAUGAGGAAGGUUAUUGUCCUGAAGUGUUUUCAAGGAAGGGUGGCGAGAUCUAUGUCGCAGGUCUGAAUUCUUCUACUGAACCAUUACCAAAACUUGCAACAGAGUCCAAGUUUCAAGAAGAUGCUAUACAGAUAUUAGAGAAAACUGCGAGAAGAAUGUUUGGUCUUGACGAAAGCUUUGAAAUGGAAGUCAUUAGAAAAGGUUUUUGCUUCCGGCCGGUUACGAAAAGGGGAACGCCCAUUUUGGCGAAGGUGUCUGAUGAUAAGUUGGGUGGAAUGAGUACCAGGAAUGAUAAAGUUGGAGGAAUCUGGCUUGCUGCAGGACAUGGACCUUGGGGUAUUAGCAUGAGCUUGGGUACUGGCAAAGUAAUGGCGGAGAUGAUGCAGGGAAAGUCAACGAGCGCUGAUGUCUCGAAAUUGGGCUUUUAGUAACGUAUGAACUUAUGAUAUAGAAACAUUUGGGGCGCAAAAUAUUUGAGAACAUAUCCUAGUAACUCAAGAACCGAUAAGUCCGCUCUGAGUACAACCCACAAUGAUAACUUUAUCUCACCGCGGGCUCGUUGCUAGAUACCCAGUAUACGACUUGGGAGCCGAAAAGAUGAUUACCAAUUCCAACCAGAUAGCCCCGAUCGUAGAAAUAGAUUUGCAGACUCAAGUGCGGAUAAUGGUCAUCAUUCACAUCAAGAUAAAGAUUAAUUGAA